CUUGUAUGCGCGCGUUCGCCUGAUCGUUCACCUUCUAGUUCUGCCCGCGGUCCCGCCGCGCCCGCACCGCAGAGCCGCCGAAGCUUUCUCCAUCACCGCGUGCUCAGGACACGCUGGACGACGUCGUAGGCCUCCCGUGCGUGCCUGGCAGCAGCGACGCGCGGCAACGAGCUGUCGCGCAGAACGGGGGUGCGCGACGGUCGUGACGGCGAGGACAGCGGUCUCGGCGCGCGAUGGGGGGCGCGGCGGGUCGGAACCGGGAUGGGGACGGUCACGGUCCAAACGAUCUUUGAAAUAGGCAUGGGAGCAUGCUCGCUUGAUGCGAAGAUCAAUGGGCAUCAAGAGCUUGAUUUAUGCUGGCGCCCGUUCCCCUCGUCGCGCACCCACGCUUCUUGCUUCCCCCCACGAUGAGGCGACCCCAGUUCAGCGGUCUGCGCGUCGACGUGCAUCCCUUCGCUAUCGGAGCCGCGACCACGUCUCCCCCUACGUCCGCUACCUCCUCGUCCUCCAGCGGCGAGCUCUCCCAUCCUUCACGCCCUACGUCAACUGCCCCGAGCACGCCCCCCGCACCCGCGAUCGACCUCGACGUCCUCUGCCUCUACGACUUUGCCUCCGAUGACCCCGAUCACCUGUCCUUCCGCAAGAACGAGAUCCUCUCCAUCGUCAAACAGCUCGACACCGGCUGGUGGGCUGCUGUGCGCGCCGAUAGCGAUGCGAGCAAGGUCGGCUGGAUCCCCGCCUCGUAUGUCGCGCCCCUCUCGCGUCAGAUGUCCCACCGCCUACGCGCCGUCCGUGCCGAGAUUCGUGUGUAUGAAUACGAAGCCGAGCGCUUGUACGACUCCGCUCCCAUCCAGCGGAACGAGGUCUUCUACGAGCCUUCUCCGCCGCCGAGUCGUCCGGCUUCUUGCAUGGGUGCUCGCCAGCGGAACCUCUCCUCGCCCGACAUCUGCACCAGCGUGCGUCCCAUGGACAUGCAAUCUCCCUCAACACCCGUCGCGCAGCCUAGCCCUCUCAGCUCCGUGCAAGAACCUGUGGCCGCGUGCACUCCAUUGCGCCGCUCCGAGUCCACUCCCACCCAACGAGUUCGUCGCUCAGACGUAGGCAGCCUUUCGCGAAUAAACAAGCUCGUGAGCGAGGGCACCCCCGCCUCCGCAACCGUGCGCUCUCGCUCGCACUCCAAGAUCAAGCAGAUAACCGGCUCCGAAGAGGCCUGCUUGACCUACCGCGCCCAGGCAGACACGCCCGCGUAUCUCCGGCCUCGAUACGCGGACGAAAUCAGGUUGGAGCCUGACGGCUCUGUUCGCUGUGGCACGCUGCGCGCCCUCGUCGAGCGCCUGACGUUCGACACGCAGACGCGGGACCCGAUAAAGCUUGAGCAAGAGCGGCGGUUCCGCACCGUUUUCUUCACUACAUUCCGGACCUUUACGACAGCAGAUGAUUUAUUCCGCAUGCUAGCGGCCAGGUAUUAUAUGGAGCCACCCGUCGAGUACGCAACGCACGCGGCGGCCAUCCACGAUUGGACGCAGAAGCUACUGCUCCCGACCCAAGGGCGCGUCCUCACCGUGCUCACGAUCUGGCUGGAGGAGCACCGCUUACUCGAAGAGGAGCCUCACAUCGCGGGCCGCCUUACAGACCUGCUGUCAACUAUCACCACCCAACCACACGUAUGGACGGCCAGGCUCAUGCUGCAGAGCCUGGAGCGGCUCACAUUCGCCCGGCCGCCGACCCGGGCCACAGCUCCCCCGCAGCGGUGGCGACGGAAGAGCCGGGACCACCGCGGCGACCUGCUCCGCCUCGAGCCGGCAGACGUCGCCGCGCAGCUGGCCGCGCACGAAUACGAGCUGUACUCGCGCGUGACGCCGGAUGCCUGCUUCACAUUCGCGCGAGGCAAGCCCGCGCCGGAGCUCAGCGCGUUCUGCGCGACGCAUGACGCCGUCGCGGCCCUUGUGAAGCGGAGCACGCUCGCAUGCGAUAUUGCCGCGCGCCGUGCGAACGCUAUUGACUUCUGGAUCAAGGUCGCCGAGAAGAGCCGUGGGCUGCACAACCUGUCCGCGCUGAGCGCGAUUGCGAGCGCGCUCUCGAGCGUCGUGAUCGCUCGCUUGUCGGAGACCUGGUCGCGGGUGACCCGACGCGCGCAACUGGACCAACUGUUACGACUCAAUGAUCCUGCCGGACGCUUCGCGGCAUACCGCGCCCUUGCGGCAGACGCUGCUGCGAAUAACGUCCCAUGCGUCCCCUUCGCGGGAACUCACCUAACGGAACUCGUCCACAUCGCCGACGCGUACUCGGACGGCGCCGACUGCGAUGCCGACACCGCGCCCGCGCUGCCCAAGAGCCCCUCGCCGGGCAGCCCCAAGCCUGCCACGCCAACUUCCACCAUCGCCGCCCCGCCCAGCCCCCGCUCUUCACCCUCCUCUUCCCCACCCGCUACGCAGGGAGCGGCCGUCCACGAGGCCGCGGACGCGACGCGGCGCAUCUGCUUUCUGCAGCGCGCGCGUUGGCACGACGUCGUGCGCGUGCUGCUCGUGCAUCAGCGGUCGGGGUACGAGGUUGCGGAGGACGAGGCGGUGCGGACGUUACUGCUGCAGCGCCUAAGAGAGGCGGGCGAGAUGGGCGCGGACGCGCCGUGGUUCUGGGAGCGGAGCCAGGAGCUACAGCAGGGGAAGGAUGGGAGGGAGGAGCCGUUCGCGCGCCUAUCGAGCGGGACGAGAUCUGCGGAGGUCCGUCCCUGCGUUGGCGCUUAGUCGACGAUAUGGGCGGCGCCUAGCGGUGGCAGGUGCACGACCUGCGGGAUUUGGGUGUGCGCUUGUCUCUCGAUAUCGAUACUACAGCAGACUCCUCGAAACCACAUCUCUACACCAUUAUUUACGACACGGGACGAUCUGGACGGCAUUUACUGACUUGUUUUAUACCUAACGCAUAUUGACGCUGUACGAUGCGCUGUACAUACCAUGUACUGACGAUAUGGAGGUAGUAUACGUUGUUGUACGCAGCCCUGAGACGAGGAGGAGUAGUAGAAUGAAACGAACAUUUGUAUGCUGACG